AUGCGCAUUCUUAUCGCCGUGACAGCUCAAGACGACUUCCUACGCACCACCAUCUCCGUCAUGGACACCGACGAUGUGGCAGACGACUGUCAAGUGUUGCAUGGCCUACAACAUCGACAACCAACUUCCAAAGAUGAGCCAAUUGAAGAAGCAGCGAGGCCUGCCAUGGUCGCAGAACUCUCUACUGCGCAGUCUGACGGGGCAUCGUUAAUUGGAUCCUACCCAUUCAGACAAUUCCUUACGCCGAAUGCAAUUCACAUCGCCCUCCAGCUUUUCUCCGUCAUAGCAUUUUGCGCCCUGCUUUUCCCUUACCUACGAUAUACUCGUUCCAAAAAGGCCGCCGUGCACGAAAUCUGCAAACAGAAUGCGCGGUCUCUGUACGAGAGCCGGCUCGCUCUAUGUGAUGCCAGGGCUGCCACAGACUUCAGUUUUUACGGAGCCUUGGGUCUACAUUGGUUGGAGUUUGGGACAAUGUUGCUUGUUGCGGUGGCAUGGCAUCACGUCGUGUGGCUCUUCCAAGGUUGGGUUAUGAUGAGAAUCUGCUUGGUCAAGAAUGAUUGCAAAGAGUAG